CUUAAGCUUCCCAGUGUCAGUGACAGACAGUGUGCCAACAUGCUUGGCGCAUGGAAAGGGAGCACCAAUGCAGCAAACAACAACACAAAAUCAAAUCUUGUUGUGCGUUAUUAAAGGUCAGUGAUGUAGCUAUAUGUAGUUUACACUAGUUUUCCCAGAACAUGUUUUGUUUCUGAUUUACAGUGGCUUGGUCUUCCAUUAAUACAUCAAGUAGGUUAGGCUAGUUCAAGAGAAAAUAGAUUUGACGGUUAUUGCCAAUGGAGACAUAUUGGCUCACCCUCAAUUGGACAACAUGGAUCCUUAGUACUCUACCUUAUAUGAAGUGAAAUAGAAUAGAAGUGUCAUAGAUCAGUAAUAUGGAGAAAGGUAACAAUGAUGAUGCAGUCUGGAAUGCAUCUGGUGCUAUUCUGGAUAUUGACCCAGGGUCCUGGGCAGACCGCUCACCCUUACAUGAUGCUGCAUGCCAAGGUCGUCUCUUAGCUCUGAGGAAUCUAAUUUUACAGGGCCACAAUGUAAAUGUAGUCACUAUAGACCAUGUGAGUCCUCUGCACGAGGCCUGCCUUGGAGACCAUGUAGCAUGUGCCAGAGCUCUGAUCGCUGCAGGAGCCAAUGUGAACGUCACCACCAUUGAUGGGGUGACUCCUCUUUUCAACGCAUGCUCAGUGGGCAGUGUAUCAUGUGCAGAGGUCCUUCUGGAGAACGGGGCCAAACCCCAGGCUCUGGUAUUUCAGCCCUCGCCCAUUCACCAAGCCAGCAGGAAAGGCAGCAGUGGGUGUGUGGAGACUCUAAUCAGAUGGGGAGCCGACGUGGACUUCGACAUUCCUCACCUGGGAACGCCCCUCUACACCGCCUGUGUCUCUCAGGAGAUAGAGUGUGUCCAGAGGCUGCUGAGGGAAGGAGCAAAUGUACAGAAAGGUAGAUAUAUGGAGUCUCCCUUACACGCUGCCGCUGAGAAGGACUGCACUGCCAUUGUUAAGCUGUUGUUGGACUUUGGGGCAGAUAUCCAUGCCAGGAACAUUGAGUUCCAGAGACCUGUGGAGGCUGAUCCCCACAGCAGCCUGACAGAGGGGUUUCUACUGGUCUAUGAGGCCACGCCCCAACCAUUGAGUCAGCUGUGUGGACAGCGUAUCCGUGACCGUGUGGGCCGUGACAGGUUUCACCUCAUCAACCAUCUUCCCCUUCCCAACGCCCUCAGGAACUACCUCCAGUACAGAUGAUGAGCUUAGAACGUCACAAUCUCAAAGGCUGUGUGGUGGUGGUGGUGGCAUCUUCCUGGUGUCAGUCAUUCAUGUGAACUCAACAGCCUGCAAUGAUAGAAGGAGCACUACUUGCACUUGAAGCAAUGAAAUACAUACUUGAUGUAGCCUAUACCAGAUUUUAGUAUGGUUCAAAAGAAACUGCUAAAAUUUGGGGUUGGAGCAAUGACCAGCAAUCAUAGUUUGCUAUGAACAUUUUCAAGGGAGAGUUUCAUUUAAAUCCAGAGCUCUACUGUUUAAAGGCACUUAGAAAAUGUGUUCCUCAUCAAUAUUUUGCAGCAGGUUUAUAAAUUAAUCUGUGGCUGGCUCAUAUGCUCAUACAAUAACACAAUUUAAGUGCUUUCAUAUUAUGGAAAAUACAUUUAAUUUGGAUUGUUAUAUUAACAUGGUUUAUCACGUUAUAUAUUUUAGAUUAGACCUGUGCAUCCGAAAAAAUUGAAUUUCACCAAAAUCUUUACCAUUAUCAUUGAGAACACUACUCCUACAUUCAUAUCCUCAAAAAAUAUAGAUAUAAACUUGCUUGCUUGAUGUGUUUUAUGUGUGAUCUUAUUGUCUGAGCUGCUUGCUAUUAUUUUAUUAAAACGUUUUGAAUUCCA